CUUGAGCCUUAUCGUGCUUGGCUCUGUCAUCCUUUCUGCUUCUGCUCAUUCUUUCGUUUAUCCCUCGCAUCCGUCGUUUCUAUAAUUCUAUAACGCCAGCUGUCUCGAGAUUCCGUUGUCGCCGGCUGACAGCACGAUACUUCGCUGACACCUGGCGAUCCGGCAUUGUUCAAAAAUCUUAAUCAAUCCACUGCUUCUUUCGCUCAUACUUUCCGUCGCCAAAAUGUGGCUCUUUGACAUCAUCCUCGAAUAUGCCGCUCCAUUUUUCCUCGUCACUGCCCCUAUCACAUCCUAUGCCGACCAGAUUUAUAGUAUCCACAAGAGCAGGUCUUCCGCGGGUUUCUCGUUAGAUAUACCUUUGAUUAUGCUUGUCGCAUCCAUUGUCAAAAUUUUCUACUGGUUCGGCGACCACUACGCGAUUUCACUAUUGUUGCAGGCGGUUAAUAUGACAUUUGUGCAAUUAUUUUUACUUAAGAUUGCAUUGAACUAUCGACCAACUCCAGGCGCCAAGGAGGGCAUCGAACAUGUGCCGUUUUCUGGCCAGCAACAAGAUCAUUCCGAUGCUGGCAUUCCGCGACCAUACAACUUCUGGCGCUGGAGGAAAGAAAAACCAUACUGGACUUUCCUAGUCUACUUCUCUGCGAUCCUCUUCGUUAUCCAAGUGUUUUGUCCGUUCAUUUCUCGCUCCCAAACUUACAUCGGUCUUCUGGGAUAUAGCGGCCUCGGUGUUGAAGCCUUCCUGCCCGUUCCGCAGGUCCUUGCAAACCAACGCUCGCGUUCUUGCAAGGGAUUCCGGUUAUCUGUCCUCGUGUCGUGGCUUCUCGGUGAUGCUAUGAAAAUGAGCUACCUGUUCUACACCAAGGACGUUAUUCCCCCUGCAUUCAAAUUCUGCGCCAUUUUCCAGUGCAUAUGUGAUUGCUACCUGGGUAUCCAAUAUUUGAUGUAUGGUAAUGGCAGGACCGAGUACCGACAAGAAAAAGGCGACCGGUGGGGAACCAGCGAGAAAGACAUACGUCUGGGUUGAUAGUGUUGUUUGGAGUUGGUUUUACAGGUUAAGCGACUGUAGAAAGACAUAUAGAACACGCGAAUAUAAGUGAAUAGCAUAUUGAUGUUAUGUCAACGCAUAGAUUUACACAAUCGUAUCAUCC